AUGCCACCGACGGACUUCCACGAGCUUAUCAUUCAGGUCAACUCAGUUCCCGUAUCGCCAUCCAAUUUAGUGGGCUCCCCGUCCACAAUAACAGCUCCUCCACGGAUACAUGUACACAACCCGCAGGCCACCAGGACGCCGCCGCCAGUCAGUCGACCAGUGUUUGAGUCCCCUUCUCGACACCAAUCACCCCAUCCGAAUACUACGUCGCAAGAAGAUUAUUAUAGACCCCAAGAUCCUCGAGCUCCAUCGCCUCCAGAUCUGAAUCGAACGGUAUCGCCCGCGUUCUCUACAAGUCCGACUCUUGUGCGAGCGAAUAGCUCAGCGACUCAAGGGCGGAGUAUGUCACCGCAGGAGAACAUUCCAAUGCGAUCCAUGUUCCCAGUCUACGACCCAACCGUUCCUCUCACACGACAAGCAUACAAGCCCACAGAAACAUCGCCAACUCACAUUCCUCGAACUCAGAUCAGCAGAUUACCGUACGCUCCCGAUAACUACGUUCCGUAUGGCAACCUCAACACCAAUGGAAGAACGGUGCCUACAGCACCGAAAACGUUCUUCACGCCAUCGGGCUUGCUGGACAACCUGUGGCUAGCGACUAACGGUCAAGAAGAGCCCGUCGUUCAGAUUUACACCCUCAAGAUGCAUCGAGCGACAGCUGCGAAUCCCACUAUCACGUUUGGGACAACACCAUCUCUUCCCUUCUACAGCCUCGCACAAUCUAAUCUAGCCGGCGGAGGCGAAGUACCCAGCAUUAUGAAUGAACUGCUCAUUCAGCGCCAUCACCCUACUCAGCCACGAGUCCUGCCAAUCGCUCACCUCGAUCUCAUUGCUCCACCGUCUCUAGAUAACGUGACUUUUGAUCCGCAAGAGCAAGCAUCUACAACUCUCCUUACGAACAUCUACCCUAAGCUCGCUGCUCUUCAAGCACUCGACGCUGCAGCCAACUCUCCGGCAGCUUCGCAUAUUGCCAUUACGGAUCCUGGUGCUCAAUCGCCCGCUGCACAACAGCUGGCUGAAGAUGUCCUGGCGGGUGCUGCACAACGCGAAUGCUGCGUGCUUGCAUGGACACGAGACGCUCCUGAGCAACAGACGAAUCCUUGGGCGCACCACAUGCCCUCUGAAGGCUCGUAUCAACUGCACCAUCCCACACUUGGUACAUUUCCGAUCCAGAUGGAAGGUGACUGUUCCGUAAUCAACAAGCCCUCGACCCGUCCGAUCACAGCAAUAUACGGUCACAACAUGCGUGCGACUCCACAGUCUCCGGGACGGACUGCUUCGAUUACUCUUCUGAACCCUUUCAUCUUGUCGCCAACCUCGCCUCGAGCCAACGAUUUCUCUCCACUUGCACCACCACCUCGACUAGACAGCCAAAAUCGUCCCAUUUCGAUCACUCCGUCUGAGAUGUCUGUUGGACAACUUCCUACAACGACCGAUGCUACCGCAGACGACGCCAUGCUCGCUCGCCUUGACUUUGCCAACGAUGCCCUCACCCUGAACCUUGGAGCUCUGGCGCACUUCGGGAACCCUUUUCUCGUCGACGUCGUCGCCUCCACUCUCCUUGCCGUUGCCGUCGCAGAAGCCACACGGGGACGACGAAGUAGAAACAACAGCCGGGACGACUUCGAGCCCCCACCUCCAAGCUACCUUCUGACGCACAAAAAAGAGGACACAGCAGGCGCGUUCAAACAAUCUUUCGUUGAAGGCUUUCAAGGGUUUGGCGGCAAGGCAAAGGGUCCAGUGUCUGGCAGUGGAUUUAGGAAGUUCGCUUCAAGCCUGAAAAGCUCGACGACGAGUACGACUACGAGUACCACCUGUGAUAAGGACAUUGAGCUGGGAGAGUGGUACGGGCAGGCCAAGACGAAAAUAAAGGAGAAGAGAGAUAAUAAGAAGGCGGAUGGUGCGAGCAAGUUGCCGUUCGUUGCCAGAGCCAUUAUCGGCAUUAUAACCUUCUCGUUCAAGGCGGUGAUUUGGAUACUCAGGAUUGCGAUCAAAAUUGUUGCGGGUGUCUUUGUAAUGAUUACACGGAACUUUGGUAAAUUGUAGGGGCGGCACUCUUUUCCGAUGCCCGACUUUGGACUUUUUGCGUUUCUAUUCUUUCAUUCUUUUCCGAUAUUUUUGGGGGUAUUUUCUGGGAGUUCUUUUCUGCACGAUACCAUUUCCUUCUACCCGAGCUGGGUAUAACUUCUAUUCUACUACGACUUGAAAUGGAUGCUACUAGUGUAGCAGAUCUAAUUGGAAAAUUAUCAUG